GCAGUAUAUGUUUGCUUCAAAAGUUUUAAAGAAAAUCAGAUCAAUGAAGUGGUGGCAGUCACUGUCUAAGCACCUGGAAGUGGAAUUUGUUGAAGGGCUCACCCAGCUUUUGACAGCAAUAGCCUGUUCUGCAGAUCAAGUUACAGUGAAGAUGAAGGUUCUUUCAUUCUGUCCUAACUCCGCAGUGAGCGCCUCUCUACCUAAUUUGAUCAUUUUCUUCAUUACUUAUCACAUUCACAAGCUGGAAUCAGCCCAGUUCAAUGUGACCGGUCCUGGUCACCCUGUCACUGCUGUUGUGGGUGAGGCCACUGUGUUACCCUGUCACCUGUCCGCCAGGAUAAGCGCUGUGAACAUGGAGGUGAGAUGGUUCCGAUCAGAGUUCCUUUCAUUUGUGCACCUGUAUCAGCAUGGGAAGGAUCAAUACGGGAACCAGAUGCCAGACUAUCGUGGAAGGACAGAGCUUUUGAAAGCUGGCAUCACGGAUGGGAAUGUUUCCUUGCAGAUUCUUAAUAUCAGACACUCAGAUGAAGGACAUUACAAAUGUUUUGUUCAAGAUGGUUCUUUUUAUGAAGAAGCCCCAUUGGAACUGAAGAUAGCAGCUUUGGGCUCCAAUCCUCUCAUCUCUGUGGAGAGCCACCAGGAUGGAGGGAUCUGGGUGGUUUGUCAAUCAUCUGGGUGGUACCCAGAGCCCAAGGUUCUGUGGAGAGAUCGCAGUGGGCAAGAAUUACCAUCACUCUCUGAAGCAAAAUCCCUAGGCGAUAGUGGCCUGUUUGAAACAGAAAAUUCUAUUAUUAUAAAAGAACAUUCAAAUCGGUACCUGUCCUGUUGGAUCAGGAACACCGUUCUCAAUCAAGAAAAGGAAUCAACAGUUUAUAUAGCAGAUUUCUUUUUCCCGAGGGUGAAUCCAUGGAUGGUGGCUCUGAGUGUGAUUCUCCCGGUUUUGUUUGGUUUCAUUGGCCUCACUGUUCAUCUAUUUAAAAUAAAAGGGAAACGUGAUACAGAAAUCGAUGAUCUUCAAAGAGAACUUGACUGGAGAAGAAACAUCGUCUUCCCAGGGCUGGGAAGUUCUGCGCCACCUGUACAAGAAGUGAAUGUGACUCUGGAUCCAGAUACAGCUUAUCCCCACCUCGUCCUGUCUGAGGAUCGGAAAAGUGUGAGACGGGGAGACACACGGCAGGAUCUGCCUGACAACCCUGAGAGAUUUGACACUGAGCCCUGUGUGCUGGGCUGUGAGGGAUUCACCUCGGGGAGACAUUGCUGGGAGGUGGAGGUGGGGGAUGGGCGAUUCUGGGCUGUAGGAGUGGCCAGAGAGUCUGUGGGGAGGAAGGGAUGGAUCAGCUUUAGCCCUGAGGGGGGGAUCUGGGCUGUGGGGCGAUGUAGGUGGUGGGGGGGUGAGUUCCAGGCUCUCACCUCCCCUGUGACCCCCCUGCCCCUGAGCCAGGUCCCCAGCAGGAUCCGGGUUUGUCUGGACUGUGACCGGGGGCAGGUGACAUUUAUCGAUGCUGGUGACGAGGCCCCGAUCUUCACUUUCCCGCCGGGCUCCGUCCCUGGGGAGAGAAUCCGACCCUGGCUCCAGGUGCUGGGGCCGGGAUCCCAGCUCAGACUGUGUCCCUGAGACAUGCAGCAGAGGCAGGAAUCGGAAAUCAGCCUCUCUAGCCUCAUGGACCCCAGUCUCUAUGAUCUUGGAGGACUGCUGUCCAGCCAGAACCUGGCUCCUCAUCUGUUUGGCCUCUGGAAGCUCCUCCCCCUCUUUGCAGCCCAGGGAGG